AUGUUUUCUACCUUGACUGGUGGCCAUUUGGACCGCAAUGGAUAUUCGUCGCCGACCCUGAGCUAAGCUCGAAAUACAUCACCACGGGUCAAUCACUACCCAAGUCUACCCUGACAUCCUCAUAUGUCAACAAACUUCUCGGCAAGGACAACAUGGUGUCCAUCGACGGGCCGAAAUGGAAGAUGCUGCGGUCCAUCUUCAACCCUGGCUUCGCAGCGAGCCAUUUGAUGUCCUUGGUACCGUACAUGCUCGAUUCCACUCUGAUUUUCGUCAACGCCUGCCGUGAGAAGGCCAAGACCAACGAGCUGUUUCAGCUGGACAAGAUGGCGACGAGAUAUGCUAUCGACAUCAUCGGAAAGGUGGCCAUGGAUACGGAUUUCAACUCCCAGAUCAGGCCUCAUCCCAUCGUCGAGACAUUUCGCCGUCAGAUUGUGUUACUGCCCGCCACGAGCAUAGGGCCAUUGGAUGACCUCAAUCCCCUUCGACCCUUCCAGCUAUGGUGGAACACACGCAAGCUCAAUAGAUUGAUUGGCAAGGAGGUCGACAGGGAAAUAGCCGCUCGAAGUAGCGCGGCUCAGGCCCAAACCAACGGCCACGCAAGCAAGCCCGUCUCAUCCAAGGAACGACGACGCAGCAUUCUCGACCUCGCACUCGACGCGUACGAGAGAGAAAAUCCCGCAUCAACAACCCAAACAGCCAGCUUCAGCGCCGCUUUCAAAGACACCCUGGUCGACAGCCUCAAGACGUUCAUCUUCGCGGGCCACGACACAACGUCCGCGACCAUCUCCUACACCAUGUACCUGCUGCACCUGCACCCGGCCGUGCAGAAGCGCGUCGCCACGGAGCUCGACUCGGUGUUCGGGGAGGACUGCACGCCCGAACAAAUCGCCGCGGAGAUCCGGGCGCAGCCACACUCGAUCAACAAGCUCGAGUACCUGAACGCCGUGCUCAAAGAAACGCUGCGAAUCUUCCCGCCCGCGUCGACGCUCCGGGUGCUCUCGUCUGACGACGGUGUCAAGGACUUCUUCAUCGCGGACCCCAAGACCGGGCGCUCCUACCCGAUCCGCGGCUUCGACGCCUGGCCUGUCGCCCACAUGAUCCACCGCAACGAAGCGUACUUCCCCGAGCCCGUGAAGUUCAUUCCCGAGCGGUUUUUGCCGGCCGAGACCCCCUUCCCGGACGCGAAGCUCUUCACGCCUGCGGGCAAGGACGCCUGGCGGCCGUUCGAAAAGGGGCCCCGCAACUGCAUCGGCCAGGAGCUGGCCAUGAUGGAGUCUCGCAUCUUGUUGGCUUGUAUUGUCAAGGAGGUCGACUUCACCGCGGAGUUCGACGGCAAGAAGAUUGACUCCUGGACGCCGAUCGAGACGGUUGAUGAAUACGCCGACGGCAUCCCAGGUGCGAAGAGGCGCACUAUCGAGGGCCACGCCGCGUACCAGGUCCUCAGUGGUGCGGCGAAUCCUGCCAACGCUAUGCCCGGGAGGCUCAGGUUGAGGAGGAAGAUUUGA